AUGGUUCGUUUUGAUCGUUAUGGAUGGGAGAUCUUUGUUAUAAAGGAGAAUUAUCUAUCCGCUAUUAGAGAGGCAGUCUGUUAUUGGUUUCGUGACGGAUUGGGAGACAGCAGCGAGAUGGAUCUCGCAAAGGUCGCUGAUGCGAAAGGACGUUUUAUAUUAGAAACUUCUUUACCUUCACCUCUUUUCUACGAGUUGGUUCGCUUUAUGUUACCUUACUGUGGUCAUAUCUCGGAAAUGUAUCGUACAGCUGCAGUAUGUGUCUGUGGGGAACUCAUUACAUUUGCUAUUGGAGACGAGGAACUAAUAUAUGCCUUGAUGACGGCCUUGCUAUCGAGAACAGGAAUGGAUGAGGAACCUCUGACUGGAGAAAUUGUCUCUUGGUAA